AUGUCAUCUGUCGGCCCUUGUCUUAACGAUGACUCGCUGGGGCCUGCUGUGCGCGGUUGUAGAGGCAACUUUGACUUCACUGUUGUCUUUGAAGAUGUCGUCUUUGUCAUUGUACCAGCUAUUGCUUUUAUUUGCCUUGGAUUUCUCCGGAUAUCAAAACUUUGCCGUUGCCAUCGCCCAAUAGUCGGCCCCUCGGCAGUUCAGUGGACGAAGCUGGCUCUUGCAAUAGGCUUGACUGUCUUGCAGCUUGUCCUCAUCAUUCUUGGACGGAACUCUUCCCAGUUCGCUUCAGGACAUUCUUUAGCUGCUGCCUCCCUUGCUUUCAUCGCAGCCCUGCUUCUUAUCCCACUGUCAUGGAUUGAGCAUUCAAGAGCCCCGCGACCGUCAACAGCCAUCGCUGCCUACAUUUCCGUCACGUUAUUAUUUGAUGUUGCUCGGACACGGACAGCAUGGCUUCUCAUUCCAUCGGGGCUCAACCCUAACUAUGCAUAUUUAUUAACAGCAGCCACUACCCUCAAAGCUAUCAUGGUUUUCUUGGAAUCACGUCAGAAAGAGAAAUGGCUCGGCUGGGAUGUGAAGCAGCAUAGCCCCGAGGAGACGAGUGGCAUUUGGAAUCUUGGCGUCUUCUUCUGGCUGAACACGUUGUUUAUGAAAGGCUAUCGUGUCAUCCUGACGCUGGAGAGUUUGUAUCCCCUCGACAAAGCCCUUACAGCUGAGACACAUCAACAUCUCGUUGAGCGAGUUCACAACAACCCCUACAAGGGCCAAAAAUACGGUCUGGCACGACUAUUGCUGCGGAUCCUACUCCUCCAAUUAUUACCACCAAUUAUUCCUCGUGCAGCGCUCCUCGCUGCCAGCAUAUGCCAACCGUUUCUCAUCCACGCCCUCUUGCACUACCUACAGAGCGAAGACCAAGACCAGAAUCAUGGAUAUGGACUCAUUGGCGCUACAGCUCUAACGUACGGGGCCAUUGCAUUCUCAACAGCAUUAUACUGGUACUUCCAAGAGCGUUUCGUCAUCAUGGUCCGUGGCAUUCUAGUGCUCGCCGUGUACGAGAAGACUACUGAGCUUAGAAUGCCCGCGGAUGGUGAUUCUGGCGCCCUCACAUUAAUGAGCACCGACGUGGAGCGCAUCACAAGAGGUGUUCUUGACCUCCAUGAAUACUGGGCCAACACUAUCCAGAUUGCUCUGUCUUGCUGGCUCCUCCAACGAGAGCUUGGCGCUGCAUUUGCUGCCUCCCUUGGUGUAGUCGCCGUAUCAACGCUCACGGCGUUUGGGAUAGGUAAGCUUCUUGGACCACGUCAAAAAGAAUGGAUGGAAGCAAUCGAAACGAGAGUUGGUGUCACUGCGGCUGCUAUUGCGCAGAUGAAGCUCGUCAAGAUGUCUGGCAUGACAAAGCCAAUUCAAUCUUACGUUCAGAGACUGCGAGUGAGAGAGAUUGAGAUCGGUGGGCGUUGGCGUAUGCUCCUCGCUGCAGCAGCCACUGUCUCUCAGGUUCCCAUGACCUUAUCUCCCGUUAUUACUUUUGCGGUGGCCACCAAGACGCUCAACACGACCUCAAUAUUCGUUUCCAUCUCCUACCUUACCCUUCUCGCAUCGCCUCUAAUGAUACUGUUUCAGAAAAUUCCACAGUUUCUUGGGGCGCUAACUUGUCUUCAACGGGUCCAGACGUACCUAGAGCGCGACCCAAGGUUUGACUAUCGCCAUCUUGAUAAUGGCAUAGUGUCAGCCGCAUCUAUGACUUCGUCUUAUCCUUCUGUAGCUGGCAUGAGCGGUAUGGGAUUUGAGAUGCAGACUUUAGAGAAGAAAGGAGCUCCUCACGUCGUGAUAAAGAACGGCAGCUUUGGGUGGCACGAGAACGUUGCUGUUCUCAAGCAUGUCAACAUAACCAUUCCAUCAUCACGUCUCACUGCUGUCGUUGGUCCUGUUGCAAGCGGGAAAUCCACCUUAUGCAAAGCCAUUCUCGGCGAAGUCCCCUUUUCGACAGGCUCCACGGUUGUCCUCCGUUCCAGAGUCGUUGGCUACUGUGAUCAACAGCCGUUCUUAACAAAUACCACCAUCCGUAACAACAUCAUUGGUCACAAUCACUUUGACGACAAGCGAUAUACUUCCAUUAUAAACGCUACUAUGCUCGACCGAGACCUCACGAAUCUCCCUCAGGGCGAUAGCACAAUGAUCGGAAGUAGUGGCAUCGCCUUGAGUGGCGGACAACGGCAACGAGUCGCAAUUGCUAGGGCACUAUACCUUGUAGACGCCGAACUCCUCAUCUUUGAUGAUGUACUCAGCGGCUUAGAUGCCAGAACGACUGAUCAUGUUUUCCGACAUGUCUUUGGACGAGAUGGUCUGCUUCGUCGUCGUGGUGCCACUGUUAUUCUGUGCACACAUAAUCUUCGGCACUUUCAAGCUGCGGACCAUGCCAUCAGAAUCAGCAGUACUGGAGACGUAUUUGGAGAGAAGCCCACGGGUGAAGAUGCCCGUCCAAAUUCUGAUCUAGGCUUCGAUUCAGAGCCAGCCUCGACUGAAGCACUUGGAAGCGCAGAAGAGCCAGCACCCUCCCACUCAUUACCAACUGUAGCCAUGACUGCAGAAGAAGCAGAGGCACGAAAAUUGGGCGACACGAGCGUCUUUGGCUAUUACAUACGUACAAUUGGCCUGAUUCCCAUUAUCGCCUUCGUUUUCGCUUGUGUAUGCAACGGCUUCCUCAACAACUUCCCACGCAUAUGGCUCACAUUCUGGGCUGACGAUGCGGCCCGGCCACAAAGAGGCUUGGUACAAAUGCACGCUCAGGCCUACUACAUCGGUAUAUACGCAAUGCUUCGAAUACUUGCUUUAGUAUCAUUCAUGGCUGCUGUGGUUCUGGUUCUAGGCCCCUUCAUUCGCCUUAGUGGCUCGGUACUGCACCAGAGGGCGUUGGAAACCGUCAUAAACGCACCGUUGCAACUCUUGACAACAUCAGACACUGGCACUAUCACCAACUACUUCUCCCAAGAUAUAACUAUUAUUGAUAAUGAGCUUCCUAUGGCUGUGGCUAAUGUGGUGCUGGAUAUUUUUGGUGUCAUUGGUAUGGGAGUGCUUAUUGCGUCGUCAUCACCUUGGCUAGGACUUACUUAUCCGGCCAUGAUACUUAUCUUAUGGUUGAUACAGCGGUUUUACCUCCGAACGUCUCGACAGCUUCGGCUAUUGGACCUCGAGGCCAAGAGUCCAUUAUACACUCAUUUUCUCGACACUUCAAGAGGCAUCGCCACCAUUCGUGCGUUAGGCUGGACGGGAGAGAACAUCAAACACAAUCGCCGACUGCUGAACCAGUCCCAGAGGCCGAUGUAUCUACUUUCAAUGGUCCAGCGCUGGCUGUAUCUGAAUUUAAACGUGGUCGUUGCUGUUACGGCAACAGCUCUCGUAGGUUUAAUAACUCAGCUUCGGUCUAGUUCAAGUCUUUCUGGUGCAUCGCUAGUCACUUUGAUGACGUUGAGUCAGUCCUUGAGCGACAUUGUGCGAUUCUAUGCUGCGCUAGAGACUUCUAUUGGAGCCGUAGCUCGGCUCCGGAAUUUUACUACCAAGACUGGGAUGGAACGUGUUUCGCAUGAUGAUGGGAAACGUGAUGAACGGUGGCCAUCUAAGGGAAAUGUUGAGGUUCGGGGAAUUUGGGCGACGUAUAAUGGGGAUGCUGAGGAAUAUGCGCUGCAAGGAAUUGAUGUCUCGAUCCGAGCGGGUGAAAGGAUAGCUUUGUGCGGUCGUACAGGAAGCGGAAAAUCUUCUUUUAUUCUCCUUCUUCUCGCUCUUCUGGAGCCCGUACAACAGGAUGAUGCCGAGUACACAUUGUCCAUUGACGGUGUUCCUCUCUCAUCCAUAAGUCCACAGACAAUACGGGAAAGACUAAUAACAGUGCCCCAAGACCCAGUGUUCUUGCCCAUAGGCAGCACUUUUAUGGAGAAUCUAGAUCCACUGGGCUUAGCCACCAUAGAGCAGUGUCGCGAAGUGCUGCAAGCAAUGGACCUCUGGAACAUGGUGGAAGCCCAGGGUGGACUUGACGGUGUUCUAUCAGAAUCCUCACUGAGUCAAGGCCAGAGGCAGGUCUUCAACAUUGCACGAGCAGUGCUCAAGCGGAAGACGACGGGUAGUUCUGUACUCCUCUUGGAUGAGUUCACCAGCUCGGUUGAUGCUGAUACCGAGCGGGACAUGCUGGCGAUGAUUGACAGGGAGUUUGCGGGCUGUACUAUCGUUAUGGUAGCGCAUCGGCUGCACAUUGUGUCUGAAUUUUGCGACAGGGUGCUUGUUUUGGAUCACGGAAGGAUUGUAGAGGCUGGUGACCCUCGGACACUGGCAAGGGUCGAUGAGACGUGGUUUGCGAGUUUGUUGGCAGCUGUAGGAUAG